AUGUCCGAAACGCAAUUCGUUUGCGAUCUGUGCCAUCAGCGGUACUCCACCUUCGAGAUCCUGAUGACGCACAAUCGGCUGAGGCAUUAUCACACGAUCAAGUGUGGCUGCGGGUACUGCAACGAAACGUUCCGCAACGAGGACGAUCUGUACUGUCACUUUGUUCUAACGCAUCAUGUCGAUCCCUAUGCGCCCCGUGAAUCGCCCGACGGAUCUUGGAGCGCCAGUACAUCGCCUCAGGAGGGCAGUAAGGUGCGCGAGAUGAGCUCAGCAGACAGUCAACCGGCGACCGGCGGUGAAAGGUGCCCACGACUCUCCAACAGUGAAAGUGAAGAUGGAUCCGCGUACGAAGAUGACGACGACGACGCCGAUCAAGACGAUGAAGGGGUCGAUUUCGGGAUGGAACUGAACUACAACGAGCUGUACGUACGCCGGAAGCGGAGUGCCCUGACGCAGGAAGAAAUCGCCGAGCUGGCCGAUGAGUUCAAGAAAACGGUACAGGCCACCUACACGACGAAGGUGAAGUUCUGA